UGUAAAUCUCUUCUAUUCCCAUCUCUUUGUACCGUUUCCCUUCUCCCUUUCCUGUCCAUGACUGUGCCGCCUUGGUUACCUCACCUCUUUCUCUCCCUCAACAACUUCAUCUUCCUCUCUCCUCAAAUCGAUGGCUCUUCUCUUCUUCGUGCCCCCUUAGCAGACGCGAGCCCCUGCCUCGUCUUCUCUCCAAAUCCAAAACCCUAGGGUUGUUUGCAUCACCUCUUUAGCAGCUUUUGUUCGUCUUUUCAAGUCAGAAGGUCUAGGAACUCAGUGGUUACGCCAGACCGUCCUACCUCGCUCAUUUUGCCUCGAGACAGAUACGCAGGGAGUUGAGAAAUAGCCGCUAGCUGCUUCUGUCUACCAGGCCAAGCCCUUCUCGCACUCACGAGCAUUUAUUUCUAUGGGGAGGUAGCGUUCACUGCUUCAAUUUUUCUCGUUCGCCUGUUUGUUGUGCUUUUGUGAUGGACUUUGCAAAAUGAUGCCAAAAAAGGACUUCUGUUUUCAUGGAUGGACCUGCAUGGAUAUUGUUUCGUUUGGUGGAUUGUCAUCGUCCAUCUUCACUCUCGAUUUGCUUGUUAGCUUGGAGACUUUUACUUGAAGAUCAAUCUCCUGUAAGUCGGGUGUGAAGGAAAGUUCGCACUGUUGCUGUGGUGUGUUGGAUCAUCCUUUAAGUUUUAGCAUCAAAUAUGUAUGGACAAGGAAAUUACAACACUCAAUUUGGGAAUGGCCCUUUCACCCCCACACCUCCUCUGCCUGGUCAGCCUCUUCCUCCUCCUCAUUUCCAGCUUGGUCAACCAGUACCUCCCCCUUCAGUAGUUAAACCAGGUCAUCCUCCUCCUCUACCUCUUGCUGGUCAGGCACUUGCAUCUACAUAUCAACAUGGCCCUCAAACUUCUGCAGUUGGUCAGGUUCCGCAGGGUAUGAUGCCGCAUGCAAACCAAUCUUAUAUACAACCACCCCCUCCGCAUCCUGGAAUCAUUCCAAUGUCACAUAUGUUCUCAACCGUACAACAUAACUCACAACAUACUUCAUAUUUGGGGAUUCAGAAUGUGUAUCUCAGACCACAGCAGGUUCCUUCUCCUCCUCCUCCUCCGCCUCUUGGUCACCUACCACCUCCUCCUCAGACUCAUUCACAAGGACCUGCAUCAUAUAGAGGUCAAAUUCAUUCAGUGCCGCAGCAGCGUGGUGGUCAUGGUCCUUUGAGUAUUCCCCGACCUCCUAUACCUAGUUUUGUCGCUUCAUCACCAUUUGGAAAUUUUGUACAUUCUGCAGUUCCUCCUCCUCCACCUCCACCUCCACCUGCUCCUCCCUCUUCUCCGCCACCAAUCCCACCCUCACCACCAGAAACCACCAUUGAUAAAGUUGUUGAUCUGAAUCAGGAAGGCGUAGGGGCCUCUAACAUGGGUUCUUUAGUUGGAAAAAAUAGUGUUGCAUCAGAAAAAAGUGGGGUGGCAGAUCUUCCCCUACCUCCACCUAAGCCAACUGAAGAGAAGGUUGCCCAAAGGAUUGAAGUUCUAUGCCGGUCUAUUGCUAGUAAUGGUCCUGAUUUUGAAGAUAUGGUUCGUAGGAAUGAAUCUGGGAACCCAGAGUUCCAAUUUUUGUUUGGUGGUGAGCCAGGAAGUGAAGCUGCAAUUGCUCACGAGUAUUUCCUAUGGAUGAAAAAUAAAUAUCUUUCACCUGCACAUAAUUUGGAUGAAGAGAAAAGUAAUCCUCUACCUUUUGAUCCAUUGGGCAAGGAGUCUUCUGCCCUGAUAAAUGAUUUGAGGCCUGCAGCUGGGUCUCAUUCAUCUGCAGAUUCUGAUAUGGAGAUGGAAGAUGAUAUCACCCAGCCUGACCAUGACCAGGGAGCGGCUUACACAAUUGGAGGUCCAAAUUGCAAAUCUGAUUUGAGCUCCAAUGAGCAUGACGUCAAAGAACAGUUGCCCACAUCACAGAGUUUAGAAGAUUUUAACUCAUCGAAGGAAGCUUUAGCUAGUAAAGUGUCAUUUAAGGGAUCCUCAAAACUGCAUGAGAAUGAAGAAGGACCGAAAGUCAAAACUGAUUCUGAUGGCUUGGGAUCUGGAAGGAUGUUUUCUGUAGUUCAUGGCCCAAUCACAAAUUCAACUGGAACUGCUGAACUGCCAUUGGCUAGCAAUUUAAAGAAAUCUAACAAUGCUAAUUUAUCCAAUGAUAUAGUCCCGUUCGAGGCCUCUACAACUGCUGAAGAAAACAGUUCUAAAAAGGAUUCUGGCCUUUGUAGUAAAGUUGGCAGCCCAUUUAGACUUAUACAGGAAUAUGCUUCUGAUGGCUCUGAAAAUGAGGCUGAGUCAUAUAAAAUAGAUGAUAAUCCUGUAAAAAUUAAUUUACCAAUUAAAAUGGGCUCUAAGAAUCUCCACAAGGAAACUAUAUCUGGGCCCCUUCCUGAGUCAAGAGUGUCAUGUAAAGGCCUGGGUUUUCCCCCAGAUACGGAAGGAAUGGUCAAGGGAACUUUGUUGGCAUCUAGUGCAACUACUGCACUUGUCAGGAAAAUGGAUGAAAACCAAGUAUUUGAUAAAAUUGGUGCUUCUCCUGAGGCUUUCCAGCAAAAAGAUUCCACGACAAUACUCAUGUGGCUUCUACUUCUACUGAAAAGCUUCAGAAGGACAACGAAGAGAAAGAUGUUAAUUCUGUUGCAACUCAACCUAAACUAGACAGGUUUGGCAGAUUACUCAGAGAAGAUGCAAGUGACAGUGACUCUGAUAAUUCACGGUAUGGUGGUGGGCGUCGGGGAAGAGGCAGAAAUUGGAGCCGUAGUCAUAGCCGGAGCCAGAGCCGGAGCCGGAGCCGGUCACCCCUG